AUUAGAGCGGCCGAAGGAACAGACAUAACGGGUUUUGCUUUUACAAUACUCGGGAGCAGAGAGAGAGAUAGGGGAUAAGAAACAAGCACACUGCCUUACCCACACAUAUCUUUCUCAUUAUUUUUUCUAUAAGAAUGAGUUUCUCUUCUCCCCCCACCAGUGCUUGCAGUUCCUUAUCAUGGAGGACCUCUUCCAUCUCUUCUCGACACCUAGGGUUUCAGUUUAAUCGUUCUGUCGGGUUUUUCAUUUCUUGCCCUACUAGAAAAUUCUUUAGAAACCCAAGAUUCCAAGUCUCGUGUUCUUCUUCUUCUUCUUCUUGUUCAGAUCCACUUUUGGUUAAGGCUGCAAGAGGAGAACCUGUAAAUAGGCCUCCAGCAUGGAUGAUGCGUCAGGCGGGAAGGUAUAUGGCUGUUUACAGGAAGCUUGCAGAGAAAUACCCAUCCUUCAGACAGAGGUCAGAGACAACAGAUCUCAUUGUGGAAAUUUCUUUGCAGCCCUGGGAAGCUUUUCAUCCUGAUGGUGUUAUUAUUUUCUCUGACAUACUUACACCUUUACCAGCAUUUGGUGUCCCAUUCGACAUAGAAGAAGUAAGGGGGCCUGUCAUUCAGACUCCAAUUCGUUCUGAAGAAGGAUUAAAGGCUCUACAUUCUAUUGAAUUAGAGAAACUCCAUUUUGUGGGGGAAUCACUUAGAAUAUUGCGGCAUGAGGUUGAUGGGCAGGCUGCAGUUUUGGGUUUUGUUGGAGCACCUUGGACAAUUGCUACAUAUAUAGUCGAAGGUGGUACAACUCGCACAUACACUACCAUAAAAAGUAUGUGCCAUACAGCUCCGCAUGUACUGAGGGCUCUUCUCUCUCAUUUGACACAGACAUUAGCCGACUACAUUGUUUUCCAAGUGGAGUCUGGGGCUCAUUGCAUUCAAAUAUUUGAUUCCUGGGGUGGACAGCUACCACCUAGCAUGUGGGACUGUUGGUCAAAGCCUUAUAUUGAAGAAAUAGUCCGUAUAGUAAAAAGUAAAUGCCCUGAAACGCCACUUGUUCUCUACAUUAAUGGAAAUGGUGGACUUCUUGAGCGUAUGAAAGGAACUGGAGUUGAUGUGAUUGGGCUAGACUGGACAGUGGAUAUGGCAGAUGGAAGGAACCGUUUGGGUAGUGGGAUUAGUGUACAGGGAAAUGUGGACCCUGCUUACUUAUUUUCACCUCUUCCUGCAUUGACAGAUGAAAUUCAAAGAGUUGUGAGAUGUGCUGGGUCAAGGGGACACAUUCUUAAUCUUGGACAUGGUGUUCUUGUCGGGACUCCUGAAGAAGCUGUUGCCCAUUUCUUUGAUGUCGCAAGAAGCAUGAAGUUUGAUACAGCUGGUCUUGAUCAUGUGGCAGAACAAGAAUUGGUAGUUUGAGGAGUCCUGUCAGCAAUUGUUUUCUAGAAAUGGGUGCUGAAAAUGAGUUGUUGCCUUGUUGUGAUUGGUUGAGAUUCACUUGAAGAUGCAUAAUUUUUGAGGCACUGAUCGGAGCUUUGAGGUUCUGUAUAUGUGUAUGCUUGGCUAACUAGUGAUCUUCUUCUUUAUUUGCACUUAAAGAUUCAAUGUGAACCAAUAUUUUGUAUUUAUUUUGGUAGGUACUAGGUACCCUGAGAUGAGAAUGUAUUUAUUUUUACCUCUAUAUUGGAAUAUUCUUGAAAGAUUUAGAUAACUAAAUUUCUAAAAUCUUUCAGUUAUCUUCUAUCUAAAAUUUUCUUAAUUAUUUUUUAAAAA